GGUGCGGAGGAGACUAUAUAGUUCUGCAAACAGUGCGCGAUCCAGAGGAGGCGGGAGAAAACACCUGUUACGGAAGAAUCAAUUCGACAAAGCAGCCUCCACGUCUUCAACAGAGAAACACCCUUGUAUCCCACCUGGUGAAGCCCAGUGGGAUAAUGUGGGUUCUGGACAAGAUCCGUGGGUCGGUAGAGACCACUGUUCUCCGGCGGGGGGAGAAUGGGGUCAAGGACAGCAAUACUCCAGUCUACAGCAACGUUCUCACCCCUGAUAAGAUCCCUGACUUUUUCAUUCCCCCCAAGCUGGUCUGCUGCCCCCCAGAGCCUGAGACCCUGGACGUCGUCAAGCCGAAGGAGGGGCUGCGGCCCUCGGCCUCUGAGCAGACCAUUGGCAGUAAGAAAAUCAGCAGCCCUCGCAGCCCGCGUCUGGUUGCCAAGCUAGCUGGGGACACCAAGAACCUGUUGAGGGCCGCCAACCGUCACAUUAUCCAGAUAGAGAGCGCUGAUGACAUGGUGGCAGGGGACACCAAUGCUGACCCUCAGUCUCAGACCGCUAUGUCACUGCCCUACGUCCCCAAGACCCAGACUUCCUAUGGUUUUGCCACUUUGAUGGAGAGCCCCCACACCCGCCGCAAGGAGUCCCUUUUCCACUGUGACCAGACCAGCCCCCUGACCUCCCCCAACUCCCAGAGGAAGGGGAAGAGCAGUGUUAGCGAAUGCAACCACCUCAACCCCCCUGACUUCAACGCCUCUCACAACCCAUACCGCUACUUUAGUGGAGGGGAGAGUGAUACCUGUUCCUCGGCUGAGUCCUCUCCCUUCAACUCCCCACUUCUCUCCCGCUCUGCCUCGCUGCUCAAAGUCUUCACCCACGAGACACAGGCAAAGGUGGUGAAAGCCAAGAGGACGUUUGCCCGCCACAGCUCCUUGUCCACAGACGAGUGCAGCUCAACCGAGCCCAGUCCCAAUGUGCUGCGGCGGCUCCACUCCUCUUCACUCCAUGGCGGUGGGCCGUCGGACCGGGAGCACACCGUCAACCUACACAAGGGCGGCAGGGUGAGGCUCAGCGCCGACUACGAUGCUGGCACGGCCCGCCUGCGCAUUCGCAUUCUGGCUGCCGAAGAGCUCUACGACAAGAUGUACGACAUUAAGAGCAUCAACUGCUGCGUGUCACUGUACCUCAACCCUGGCAAGCUGCAGAAACAGCGGAGCACUAUCAUCAAGAACAGCCGAAAUCCUGUGUUCAACGAGGACUUCUUCUUUGACUCUGUGACCUCAGUGCAGGUGAAGAACCUAGCAGUGAAGAUCAAGGUGGUGAAUAAGGGCACCAGCCUGAAGAGAGACACUCUGCUGGGGGAGAGAGAGAUCCCUCUGGGGAAGCUGCUCCAUGUCCCCUAGGUCUGUCCUGACGAUGCAGAAUGGUACUCUGACUAACACAGAAUGAGACCAUGAAUGAUGAUGUGCGUGAAAAAAGAUAUAUAACUGGGGUUAGAUGUUUGCUUGAUCUCCCCUGUAUUCACAUAGAACUGUCUGAAAGGAAGUCAAUGCCUGGUCUGGUCUAGCAGUUUGUCUCUUAGCUGGUCACCUCCUCAACCUUCUAUUUCCUGAACCUGAAGCCCUGCACAGCCCAACUUGUAAAUCAUGUGGUGGACAAUCGAAUAUGGCACAGAUCAAAAAACACCUGCUUGUUUGAGGGACUCACUUUUUGUACUCUCUUGAUCUCGACGUUGAAUGUCGCAUGGUUGCAAUUACAUGUGACUCAGACAAUACAGGAUGCGAGUCUCUAUGAUUCAGUUUUUAUUCAGCACUACAAUGCUUUUAUGGAUCAGGGCGUCUUUGAUGUUGCCACUAUAACUUGAUGUGCAAAUUAUCCUUUGAUCCUGAUUGUUGUUGCGAUCCACAGUAGCCUACUACCGGAAGGAAGGCCAGUCUGUUAUGUGACCACAAUGUCCAAAACCUGGAGAAUAGAGAUCAGACGUCACCGUCUGCUUCCCUAGCGCUUGGUAUGAAUAUGUAAAUGCAGUGAUAUGUUAGCAGUUUGUACUUCAGUUUCAUAACACCCACAAGCCUUACCAAGAGUGAUAGAUAGACAGAAAGAGAGAGUGACAGAGGGAGGGAGGGUGUAUGCAUUACAUUUUAAAGAGUGUGACAUUAUUCAAAGGUGUUGAACAUAAUUUUAUACAUAGAUGUUGUAUUUGUAUAAGACAUAUGCUUCAGUAUGAUGUAUACUGCAUGACCAAAAGUAUAUGGACACCUACUUGUCAAACAUCUCAUUCCAAAAUCAUGGGCAUUAAUAUGGAGUUGGUCCCCCCCCCCUUUGCUGCUAUAACAGCCUCCACUCUUCUGGUAAGGCUUUCCACUAGAUGUUGGAACAUUCCUGCUGGGAUUUGCUUCCAUUCAGCCAUUAGUGAGGUUGGGCACUGAUGUUGGGCGAUUAGGCCUGGCUCGCAGUUGGCGUUCCAAUUCAUCCCAAAGCUGUUCGAUGGGGUUGAGGUCAGUGCUCUGUGCAGGCCAGUCAAGUUCUUCCACACUGAUCUCAACAAACCAUUUCUGUAUGGACCUCGCUUUGUGCAUGUGGGUAUUGUGAUGCUGAAACAGGAAAGGGCCUUCCCCAAACUGUUGCUGCAAACAUGGAAGCGCAGAAUCAUCUACAAUGUAAUUGUAUGCUGUAGCAUUACAAUUUCCUUUGACUGGAACUAAGGGGCCUAGCCCAAACAAUAAAAAACAGCCCCAGACCAUUAUUCCUCCUCCACCAAUCUUUACAGUUGGCACUAUGCAUUGGGGCAGGUAGCGUUCACUGAAAAGUCACUGAGCUCUCAGUGAGUUCUCAUGCUACUGCCAAUGUUUGGCUAUGGAGAUUGCAUGGUGGUAUGCUUGAUUUUAUACACGUCAGCAACGGAUGUGGCUGAAAUAGCCGAAUCCACUAAUUUGAAGGGGUGUCCACAUACUUUUACAACAUUAUGAUUUUGUAAAUGAUGUACUGCUGGAGAGUGAAUGAUUAGCAGCCCUCUGACCCUGAAAACCUUAUAAUUUGCUGACUUCAUUAUUAUGAUGGUGUUUUCCACUCCUGGCAGUGUAGACAAGCCACUAGGCCAGAGGACUGAGAAAGGAAAAACAUUUACAAGAAAAAAUAUUUACAAUAAACAUGAUUUGACAUGAAGGAUAGCCUUCUACUCUCUGCAUGUGCUCUGCUGUCCUUUAAAAUGAAUUACAAUACAUCUGAUCUGAUUGCAAUUUCAAGAAGGAGACAGAGGAAAGAAGCAGAGGUUGUUUCUGCAGAUGGUUAAAGGGUCACCACACACAUUCAUCUUUGAGAUAUGGAGUCAUUUAAUCAUGUCAAACAUGACUAUUUUACAGAAAAUAGCCAUUGUUUUUGUGAGUUACAUUCCCUGUCAUGUUUUAACCUAGACUAUACAAUAGAGCUCUCUACAAUACCAUUGCUUUUCUCCAUGCUUAUACUUUAUAUAACUUUGUUUGGUUCUAACUGAGGAUUUUGUUAUUGUGGAAAAUCUGUAAUCUGCUACGAUACUAUUAAAUGAUUCAUCUGUGUGUGCUCAAUGCUCAUGCUAUGCCUGCUGUACAUGGGUGUGUGCUCACUGAGUUGUAACCAAUCCCUUCUUUGGCUUACUAAAUCCCUUCUUUGGCAUGACUAAAAAGCUAAAAUAUUGUCAGUAGAUUUUAUAAUACUUCUUUGUAGUAGGCAGGGUCAAAAUGUAGCCUAAGUGCUUUUAUGAUGAAAAUGUAAUUAAAUCAAAAAGUGAGUAGUGUAUUUUGGGGAUUGCCAACUAUUUUUGUAAUUGAUUGUCUUUUCUUGUUUCUCAUCUACAGAUGUAGGAUUUUAAUUUGAGCCAGUUUUCUACAGCAGUAAAAUAAUCCUGUGGCAGCAGGAAAUGUGAAUUAUUAUGUGGAUUAUAAUUAAUGGACAUUGUUGUGGGCUUUGAUACAUUUUCCGCAUAUCAAGUCAGAAUUUUCCAAGUGGUAAUUGCAAUCUUUAGAAUCCUUUUUAAAACUCAAAUACACGACAAGUUUGCAUUUCCUACUGUGCAGAAAAAUUCUCAGCAACAAAAGUGUUAUCAAAUUAAGAUCUUACAUCUGUAUUUAAAAAAGACAGCCCAAUGUACAUUUGAACUAGGAAUAAUUCUCCUGAGAAAUGAAAACUGUACUGGAAGCUAUCUCACUCAACAGAUUAGAUACGUAAUUAAAACAUGUAAAAAAGAUCAGCAAUAUUUUCAAAUGGAUUCAAUUAACUUUCUCCUCAUGACUGUGUUUUCAAUUAUGCUAUGAUUUGAAGUGCUUUAAAUACUGUAGGCCAGAUCUCCUUGCUGAUUAUCUUCUAUACCAACCACAGGGUUAAUUAUCCUGGUUGAAUACACUGUAAAUAUAUCUAUCUUACUAACUAGGCUGCUUAUGAUGCCCAGGUGUGUUGUUUUGUGGGAUGCCAGUGGGAGGGCUUACUGUCAGCUAAAUAAUGGAUAAAUAUAUGUUUUAUACAUGCAGUCAUGUAUCAAAUGAAUACAGUGAUUUUAGAUCUGAGCACCUGAUUUCUAACAGUGGAGGAAUACCCACUAUCCUCUAAGAUGUGUGUUUUUCUCUGUUUGUUAUGGGGAAGCCCAACACCUCUAUUGGGGGUGCAGAAAACCUGCAGAUGUAUAAUGUAUAUAGCCACUUUAAAUGGGUUUGCCAUCAUAGUAUGGACUUGCUUUUUAGAAUUAGACCUCUGCUUGAUGCAUUAGAUACACAGUUAGCCAACGAUUGCCAACCUUGAUUUAAGUCUCUGAGGGAUUUCCAGAACGAACUUUACAAUUAGCUAGCUGUUGGUGUUCGGAAAUCAUUCCUCGUUAUUCUGUGCUAAAUGGCUAUUUAAUUACACAAGCUAAAAAGGUGUGACUGUCAAUUUUUUUUUAAAUUAAACUCGGGAGACAGCUUAUGCGAAAUAAUGAAAGUGGGGAGGAUAUUUAUUUCAGUGAUCUAAUUUCUGCAGUGGAGAGAAGAUGUUUAAUAUGCUGAACUUGUUCUGUUUCUCAAGAAAAUGAAACAAGUGCCAAUCCGUCAUACUUGAUGCCAAAUUCUUUAAUUGUUAUCUCAAGGUGUUAGAUAAAUGAUGGAUGCUAGUUAGUUUCUAUCUACUGUAUUGUUAUUGUUGGUGUGAGUACUUAUGUAUUUUAUACUAUGAUGUCAUUAGUAAUGGACACCUGUGGGUUUUCCUGACUGUUCCUCAAACUGUGUUGAUAUAGGCCUAUGUAUGACUAUGAAAUGCCUUGAUUAAAAGCAAAUAU